CCUGGGAUGUCCCUCCAGGCCCUGCGAUGUGAUUGGCCGGUUCCUCCUAAGGACAGGAUGGGCAGAGGGGGAGGCCGGCUGCAAAGAAGACGGAGCCCCAGGCAGAUCCAGAUCCUGAACAAUCAGCCUUUCUUUUUGGGGGAAACUGAGGCACGAAGUCAAUGGAGCCGACAAAGGUCCCCCGGACCACCGAACUGGAAUUUGGGGGCCCCUGGGGGGCGGCGCUCCUGACCCUGCUGCUGCCCGGCGGGGCCUUCUACCUGCUGCUGGUCAGUGGGACCCCGGGGGCCUCGGUGCUGUCCGUGCCCGCUUUCCCGGCCUGGCGCUCCCUCUGGGACCCCACCGACCUCGGCCUGGUCUUGGCCUGGAUCGCGGCACAGGCCCUCCUCGCACAGGCCCCCCUCGGAAAGGUCACGGAAGGGACCCCCCUGCGGGACAAGGCCCGGCUCCAGUACCGCAUCAACGGCUGCCAUGCGCUGGGGGUGACGGGCGUGGUGCUGGGGGCGGGGCUUGCCGGGGGCCUGCGCCUCAGCUACGUCUAUGACCACUUCCUGCAGCUGGCCUUCGCGGCCACUCUGGUGGCCUUUGCCCUCAGCCUCCUCCUCUACAUCAAGGCCUUGGUGGCCCCCCCAUCCGCCUUGGCCCCGGGGGGCAACUCGGGGAACCCCGUCUACGACUUCUUCCUGGGCCACGAGCUGAACCCCCGCAUUGGCUCCUUCGACCUCAAGUUCUUUUGCGAGAUGAGACCCGGUCUCCUGGGAUGGGCGGUGAUCAACAUGGGGAUGCUGAUGAAGGAGGCGGAGGUCCGCGGCAGCCCCUCGCUGGCCAUGGUCCUGGUCAACGGCUUCCAGCUGCUGUACGUGGUGGACGCUUUGUGGCACGAGGAGGCGGUCUUGACCACCAUGGACAUCCAGCGGGACGGCUUUGGCUUCAUGCUGGCCUUUGGGGACCUGGCCUGGGUGCCCUUCCUCUACAGCCUCCAGGGUCACUUCCUGGUCACUCACCCCCACAGGGUCAGCCUCCCUGCGGCCGCCGGCAUCAUCCUCCUGAACGGCCUGGGCUACUCCAUCUUCCGGGGCGCCAACUCCCAGAAGAACACUUUCCGGCGCAACCCCAACGACCCCCGAGUGGCCGGGCUUCGCACGCUGCCCACGGCCACGGGGAGACGGCUGCUGGUGAGCGGGUGGUGGGGCCUCGUGCGGCACCCCAACUACCUGGGGGACCUCCUCAUGGCCUUGGCCUGGUCACUCCCCUGCGGUCUGACCCACGCGCUGCCCUACUUCUACCCGGCCUACUUCCUGCUGCUGCUGCUGCACCGGGAGGCCCGGGACGAGCGGCACUGCCUGGGCCAGUACGGCCUGGCCUGGGGGGAGUAUUGCCGGAAGGUCCCCUUCCGCAUCCUGCCCUACGUUUACUGAAGAUGCGCAAGAGGCGCUGGCUUAUCCAUGGCAUUUCCUCGUUGCUUCUGUCGUCACAACAUGGGGGGGGGGACUUGAUCCCGCUGCCAACUGUCCUGCAAAUUUGGCUCUAGUUUUGCAAUGAAUGAGCCUCAACCACGUUGACAAUACGGCGGUCACAAAAACAAAGUUUAUGGAGCAUAACAAUGACUUUCAAAUUAAGGACCGCACCAUUAAACAGGAAAUAACACUUCCAAACCAGGAACAACUUUUGUGAUUGUUUACAAUUAUUAGAUCCUUUUGGCCUGCGAUAAAGACUAAAGGCUUGGUUUGCAAUGGGAGCCUCUAAGGGAAGCUAUUAAUAAAAGGUCUUAUUUAUAAAAUA